AUGAGGAUGCUGCGUCUCCCUGGGAUAACUUUUCUCACUUUGCCUUUUGUCAUUCAAGCGGGCACAGCAGGCCCCAAGAGGAAAGGAGCAGCUGACAUGUUUUCUUUCUUCGUCCCUCCCAUGCCCUCUAAUCCAGGUACCUGGUGCUAUGAUUCACAAGAUCCUAAGUGUGGUCCUUUGCACUGGAAGGACAUCUCGACAACCUGUGGGGGAGAGAACCAGUCACCCAUUAACAUCGACAGAAGGAAAACUCAACGAGACAGGAACCUCGAUGAGAUCUUGUUUGAAGGCUACGACCAGGCGCCUCCUGGCAGGUGGAGGCUGAUGAACGAUGGACACUCAGUUGUCAUGAACCUAGAUGGAGCAUCUGCUGCAGAUCAAAUUAACAUCACCAAAGGAGGACUUCAGGACACGUACCGGGCCUUCAAUUUCCACUUCCACUGGGGGGACCUCAGUCGAAAUGGCUCAGAGCACACCGUUGAUGGUCAGCAGUACCCAAUGGAGCUCCACCUUGUUCACAUGAACACCAAGUACAAAACCAUCACAGAAGCCAAAGGGCACCCCAAUGGACUUGCUGUCUUGAGCUUCUUGUUUAAGGUAUCUGAUACAGACAAUACCAAUUACAACACCAUCGUCACUGGCCUGAGGAAUAUCACUCGUGCAGAGGAAUAUGUCGAGUUGGCCUCCACAUUUUCUCUGAGCAACCUCCUCCCCAACAUGGCCUUACUCUCCAAAUAUUAUCGCUACAAGGGCUCCCUCACCACCCCAAACUGUGAAGAAGUGGUGCAGUGGACUGUGUUCGAAGAGCACAUCCCAAUCAGCAAGACACAGCUGAAUGCAUUUGUCAACACCCUUCACUACAAAAGCGCUGGAACAACUUCCCUGAAAAUGACCAACAACUUCCGCCCACCACAGCCUCUUCAUGGUCGCAAAGUCUAUGCUUCCAGAGACGCCACCGUUAGCCGUGGCUCCCCACUGGCUGUCAAUCAUCUCUUCCCUCUGUUUUUGGCUGUUUUGAUUGGCCAGCUUUCCGGCCCCUCCUAGGUGCCUCGGCCAACUAUCCAGUUCAAUAAUCAUGAUUGAUGAUGGCUUCGUGGCAUCUUCAUAUCCAUGCUUCUUCACUGUGAUCCUUUUCCAGCCGCUGAUCUGAACGUUGAAUGAGUUGGAACAAAACUGGCAACAAGAAAGGAACGCAACAUCUGACAAUUGUAUUUUGCUUAUUUUUUGGGGAA